ACUUAGUCUUUCUUUGAAAUUGAAGUCUCGAUUUGACUCGCGAUGGCCGAUGGGAACUGUUUGUGCUUCCCAUGGCCGACUGCCGUGAAGCUUUGCCUCUAGAGAAGCGACUACUACAAUAAUAGACUUUUUUCUAGGAGCUUGGCUCCCUCGACUGGCAUCCAUUUGCCCAGUGCUGUCGAAUCCAUCAAGACAGUAUCUAACGCCAGCAGUCAGUGAGUUGAGGAUAGAGAACAAUGGCCCAGAGUUCCUCCGCUCUAUCCCACACUCAGCUGGUGGACUGCUGCAGUUCAUCAUCGCCAGUGCAGCCCACGCCGGCUGGCUUCCCCGAGUCGACAAGGAGCGCUAGUAGCGGUGCAGUUCUGGUCGUGAAGUUAGGGAGUGCCGUUGUGCUGGACGACCAUCAGCAGGCACCUGAUCGCAGUCGACUCGAGGACAUAGUAGGCCAGGUUGCUGAACUGCAGCAUUCUGGCAAGCGUGUCGUCAUGGUCAUCAGCGGUGCAGUAGCAGUAGGCAGGCAUGUUCUCAGCAAGCAACAGCACUCUGCAAGAGGCAGUGGCAGCAGCAGCGACAACCCUGCUCUGGACACACGGCGGAAUUCAACAACAUGCUGUGCAGUUGGUCAAUGCCACAUUACAUCUCUCUGCCAAUCACUGUUCUCCAAACAUGGCCUGGAGGUAGCCGAGCUUCCACUGCAAGAGAGCGACCUGACCGGGGAUCGCAGCGCUGGACUUGUGCAAACACUGACGGAAUUGGUGAUGUUGAACGCUAUUCCUAUUGUGAAUGGCUGCUUCAGCAUGCCAGGCAGUCACAGGCCUCUUGCUGGAGUGGACCUUGAUAUAGUCGACAGCAUUGCCGACAACGACCGCAUGGCUGCCAUCCUGGCGCGUCGUCUCCACGCCGGAAUGCUGAUCUACUUAUCCGACACGCCGGGUGUUUUCACCGGACCGCCUGGCGGUGAUGACUCGGUGCUCGUGCCGACGUGUCGUGUGGCAUCGGGCAGUACGGCUGCCGACAUUGGCGUGAGCUACGGCACCUCGUCCAGCGUGGGUCUUGGCGGAAUGAAGUCCAAGGUGGAGUCGGCCAUGUUUGCAGCCAGACACGGCGUCAGUGUUGUCAUUGCAGAUGGCAAGUCUUGCACGCCAGGACAGCAGCACACCCGGUUACUGCUGGACAUAGUCAGUGGCAAGCAAGUGGGGACGCUCUUCACCCGCGAGCAGUCUUCGGCAAGCCACAAUCGAUGCGAGAAACCUCCGUGAAGACGUGAUUGAAUGCGGACUGGGAAUCAAGAGGUGCUGUGCACCUUUGCUAGUGUGGAGCAAAACAAGUUUACAGCCAUCUCAAAGCAGGUCAUAAAGUCCGCUAGGGACCGGACAACUCUCGUUGCAAAGACCGUCUGUUCCACGUCUGCAGACAGAGUUUGAGCAUUGGCCAUGUACCAACUGCAUCUCCGUGUGAAGUAUGCACUGUCAUCCGACUGAUCCCCUCCCGUGGGUCUGAAUUGAUCAUCUAAUAAUUUAUCGAUCAUGUCGGACCGCGGACAUAUCAGUCCAAUGAUUGCACUAUUCCGCAAUGCACGUUUGCCCGAUCUACUUCACUCGCCGCACAUCACCACCCUAGCGUCUAGCUCUUGGCGGAUAGUGCUGACAGAAAGGCAGGCAGGAUUUGGUUCCUUUCUAGUAUGUUUCAACAUUUCAGUACUUUUUUAUAUAUUUUUUUACAAAUUUACAAGAUGUACAGCAAAACCUGUCAAGGCAACCACCUGUCCCAGAGGACCACUACAACUGGAACCCAAUGGUGUUAUUUCCAGCCAUAGGGAGACCACCUGCUCAAGGGGACCACAUUCGGAAGGUCCCUUGAGUGGUCGCCUUAGACAGAUUCCACCACAGCCUCAAGAAUUAUUGAUUUGUUAUUGUUCGA